GCGAGCAGGAUAACUCAGACAACAACACCAUCUUCGUGCAGGGGCUGGGCGAGAAUGUCACCAUCGAGUCGGUGGCCGACUACUUCAAGCAGAUCGGCAUCAUUAAGACCAACAAAAAGACGGGGCAGCCCAUGAUCAACCUCUACACGGACCGUGAGACCGGCAAACUGAAGGGGGAGGCCACGGUCUCCUUCGACGACCCCCCCUCCGCCAAAGCCGCCAUCGACUGGUUCGACGGCAAAGAAUUUUCCGGCAACCCCAUCAAGGUUUCCUUUGCCACUCGCCGUGCUGACUUCAACCGUGGCGGCGGAGGCGGGCGAGGCGGCCGCGGGCGGGGAGGUCCCAUGGGGCGUGGCGGUUUUGGCGGCGGCAACAGUGGCUCCGGUGGUGGCAACCGGGGCGGCUUCCCCAGUGGCGGUG